GGCAUCAUCUACAGCAGAGGACACCACAGAAUAUAAUAAAGUGGAGGAUACAUUAGAGGACAUAACAGCAGAGGACACAUUGGAGGAUAUAUUAGAGGACAUAACAGCAGAGGAUACGAUGGACGAUAUAUUAGACGAUGUGACAGAAGAGGACACAAUAGAGAAUGGUCCAGAUAAAAAAGGAAAGGAAAAGGCAGCUGGUAAAAUGGCCAACAAAGAAGAGCGGAUCCUGUAUGAGUGGAUUAUCAAACCUGUGGAGUCAGUUAAAGGAGUUUGUGUGGAGGGAAAACAGAGUGAAUCAGCAAAUGAAGAAUUCUGGAAAAGUUCUGUUAUCAGAGACAGGAUAAAUAAAACAACAGUACAGACAGCAUCUGGCACAGUGUAUAAGCUGAUCGGUGAUAUAGACCAUGUUUAUACUUUGAACGAAGGCUUUUCCAAGAAGCUUGUUAAUGCCUUCAGCUAUGGUUUUCCUAAGAACUGGAAACAGUUGAUAGCUGACUACUUUGAUAAAACUGAAAUAGCGAUUGACUCUGAUGAAGAACAUCAACAGGAGAAAGCUGAACAUAAGAAGCCUGAAGUGAAGAAAAAUAAAUCAAAGGUCAAGAAUCUGACAACAAAGAAUGAUCAUAAGUUUAUGUCACCAAAGAAUACCAGAGGGACACAGGGUGAAGCGAAUUCUGAUACACUUGUAUGUACACCAGUCGGCCAGUUUGUGGAUUUGAAAAAUCUGAAGAAGACAAGGAGUGGUCGUAUGGUGAAGCCACCAUUAUUUUGGUGGAUGGGUCAGCAAAUUGUGACAGACAGUGACAAGGUGGAAUUGUCAGCCGUUACAUCACAUGCCAAAGACCACAUACAGGGUAUAGCCCACAUCUAUAGUGGAACUAAGACUAAGGGAAAACAGACACCUAACUUAAAUAGGUCAUACAACACCAAGAAAAUAAAAUUAAACAAGUCAAUGAAUAAGACUGUAGGGAAUGUUCUGGAGAUGGAAAGCUCAUAUAGGAAAGCUCCAUCUAACAAAUCCCUCAGGUCUGCAAGUAAGUCCAGUAAUUCUGAGUUAGAGGCUUCUUGUCAAAAUAAGAAAUUAAACAGAAGAAAGGGAAAAAAAGAUUCUAAUAAUUCAACAAGUUUAACAGAUGGGGAUAGUAACUCCCAAUGUUCUGACAGUGAAUACCUGGACCCUGUGAAAGACAUUGAAAAAACACUACAGAAGUCUAGAAGUAGUCGUUUGAAACUUCAACAAAAGAAGGGUAAGUGUUAUGAUGACAGUGAUUCAACAUCAAGGAAAAAGGAAUCAACUGUCAGUGAUGUUUUUACCAUCAGCAGUGACGAGGAAAAGACCACACGACGAGGGAAACAGACCUCAUCCAAACGUCAAGGAAAAAAUACAAGAAAAAACACAUCAAGAGUAAAACAUUCUUCAACUGGGGAACAGAGUCCAUCAGACUUGAGUAGUGAAGAAAACAGAAAAAGUGAAAAAUAUGAUAAAAAGAAACAAGCAGACAAAAUGUUGAGAGAAAUUCAAGAUAGUGAAAAAAAAGAUGGUCGAGUGACCAGAUCAAGGGUUUUAGAUUCUAGUGAAAAAUCAGACGUCCGAGUGACCAGGUCAAGGGUUUCAGAUUCUAGUAAUUUACUGUCAUCUCUUCCAAGUAAAAACAACAAUAAGGUCACACGUUCAAGGUCACGAUCACAAGAUGCAGAACCAAUAAGAUUAAGAUCACAGACAAAGCAAACUGAGGCAUCUUGUAGGUCACCACAGGAGGACCAUUCUGAUAGUGACAAUGAAGCUAAUAAACAUUCAAUAUUGUCAAGGAAAUCAAGCAAGUCAAAAAGAAAAAGUAUGUUCAACUAUUUUGGACUAUUCAUCUUCGGAGGAAUAUGUUCCCCAAACUAGGAAAAACAGAUUGAGGAAAAGGAAAUCUUCAAAACCCAACAGUUCUCAGUGUGCAACAGAGGAUUCAGACAGUGAGGAUUUUAGUCAAAAGACAGGAACUAUAGUUAAAAAUAGAACAAUGUCCCGCCUUCAUAACAAGCAAGAGAAAGGUGAUAGAGAAGCUAGUAACAUCUGGUCAUCCUCCGAGGUGAAACGCCUUCAACAGGCUGUAGCCAGUGUAAGGUCAGAUCACCCUGACUUCUGGCACUUGGUACAACAAGAAGUAAUGACAAAGACAGUAGAGGAAUGUCAGCAACACCACUGGAAGGACAGUGAAGUGAGAAAUCAGAAAAAAACUAGGAAGGA